UGUGUGUACAAGACUUGUUUUAUUCAGACAAACAUUGUGGCUUCCCCUCAGCCACUGGAGGACCAGUGGCAUUGCCUAAAGGAGGGCGACAUCUUUUCUUUCAUGCCUGGGAAAUGCAUUUACACGGUGCGUGUCAAAGACGACGACCAAACCCCGAGAAACAGUCAGGCGUUUGAGGAGGAGUUGGGAAAGUGUUGGAGUGGACCCUCUCUAGACUCGGCCAUGCUUGAAACGAACAGCUGCACACCCAAGAGCCCAAGCGCCACAUUCACAGAAGAUAAAGGAGCCGGUGAUGCUUCACACACUCUUUCCUCUCCAAACGAGGCAGCCAUGAAGAGCCAAAAGGACGAGUCUGAUCUGCCACAGAAGAAGCGUAUUUUACCAGCCUGGAUGAUGACAUCAGCCAAAGGUGAGAGCUCAGCGGUGAAAGCGACUCCUACAAAACCCAAACAAGAAGCUGCAUACAAGAAGGCAACUGGACCCAAACGGGCUCGUGCCGCACAGGUGUCAUCUGAGGAAGAGGAGGUGGAGGAACAGAUGCCCAGAAGGAAAGCGAAGGGACUGAAGAGUGACUCUGGAGACGUAUUCUGCACAAUGAUGAUGAGCAGCAGAGUCGGAUCGGUCCCGGAUGAAGAGAACCGCAGCGGUGUGAUGAUGGGGAGAGAAGAAGAGGUGGCAGGGGAGCCGAGGUCAGACACGAGAAGAAGAUCAUGCAUUUCACUUCACUCGGCAAUUGUGUAUUUCCUCAUGCCACUUUCAGGAGUGCAUCACCCUAGAGAAAGCGACUAUGAGGCAGAGGAGGCAGAGGAUGCUGACGAACACAGGCCUGAGUGUCUGUAUGGCACCCACUGCUACAGGAAGAAUCUACUCCACAAGAAAGAGUACAAGCAGACUAAAUCACCACGUAAUACUUGGCCCAAGACUGCUGCUGAUGAGGAUGAUGGUCACUAUGAAAAUAAUUUAAUUAUGGAUGAGCGUGAGGAGGAGGAGGUGGAUGAAGACUUGGACUAUGUGCCCGAAUCAGACGACAGAGGAGAGGACAUUAAACGCCUGCAGAAAGAAGCAAAUGCAUUCGUCAGGAGGAAGAAGUGA